AUUAAACUCAAGAAACAUUUCCACAAUCCAUUCUCUUAAGUAUUCAAAAUCUGUCCAUUUUUCCUCUCUUUUCAAACUCUAUCCCUUCUGUCAAAAUCCUUUAAUUCUCCAAAUGAGGUCCUGGCUGCUGCUUAUAUUAAUGCUUCAUGGAGCUGAAAGCUUACGUUUGACAAAAGAAUCUGUAUCGGCUAGAAAUAAUAAUGAUAUUCCUCAGGAAAGUGUUCCAGAAAGAAGAAUUAAUGGUGGUGUUGGAGAGGUUUUUCAUUGCAAAAUCAGGCAUUGUUCAGGGAGGAAUGGAAAACUUAUUACCAAGGCAGUUACCCAUAUUUCCAGCAGUGACACCAUAUUCAAGAGUGAAAAGACUGAAGGAAAUAAAGAUCAUACCAAAUCAAAAAGUGAUAAAAUUAGUGUGACAGAAGAAAAUCUCCCUACCAAUUCAUCAACUGUAACUGAUGAAAAACAGCAGCCUGUGCCAGAGCCCUAUCCAGACAUUUUGGACAUAGCUGGAAUGGAUUAUUCUCAAGCAAGGAGAAAACCUCCCAUACACAAUUAAAGCACCUUUGGUCAGCAGUGAGGACAUUGACUAGAUAGUUCGAUGCACAAGAUUUUAACUUCCUUUUCGUUCUUUGGUACUGUCCUAUACCGCACAAUACACUAUUAAAUAAGUCAAGAUUUGGAAAAAAGUAAUGAAAACUAAAC